GUUGUUGUGGUUUGAUUUGAUUCACAAUGGGAAAACGGUGACUUUGGAGGACUUUAAUUGAUCUUAACUCGGUCCAAACUUGAAAUAAUGUCGUCCUCUAGUCGACUAGACCUUCUGCGAGAGCGCAACAAAGACUUACUGAAGCAGUUGAAGGAGCAGAGCGAGAAACUGGAGCUUUUGCGCGGUUACUUUCGGAGCCGCGAGGAGGACGGAGAUGGUGAGGCAGAGGCAGAGGCGAGGAGCCGGUCUGAAGAAGUGGUGGUGACCCGGACCGAUGGAGAACGCGGUCCCGCCCAAGCCGCCCUCUCCGAGCAAACUACCCUGAAGUUUGCAGAUUUGUGUGACAAUAAAACAGGCACUGAGAGCAAUGUUCCUACACCACCUGUGACCUCCAAAUGUGAAAGAACUACUCAACAAACAGACUCCCCACCAGACAGUGAUGGUCGUCUUCGAGUACAGGAAACGAGUCCACAUGGCCUCAAGUCCUGUUUAGCAAAGAACAACAAAGAGCAGAGAGAGAUGCAACGGCGAGUCACAUUUCAGUCUCACGACUGUGAAGAGCCUGCACCUGAUUGUGAAGUACCUGCAACUGACAGGCAUCAUUUGCAGCCCUUACUUGGAUAUGACUGGAUAGCAGGAGUUCUGGAUUCUGAGGACACCGUUACCCAGUGCUCUGACGAGUUCUUCAAUGACCUGCAUGUUUUCCGAUCCCUCUAUAAAGAUGAAUGUGUCCACAGUUCAACUGCAGACUCCCUUAAUAGAUUUUCUGAGGAGAACCAAUCAGGGCUGGACCUGCUAACAGACAAGGAUGAUCCACAAGCUCACACAGACACUCAUAAAUGUACGUUCUCGUACAGGAUUAACAGCAGACUGUUCCCUGCGCCGCUUCACUCUCGGGAGUGCUGUCCUGUGUGCAAAAAGCACAAGUCGUCCCAUCCUCACACUACAGCAGACCCAGCUCUAAUCAGGGUCAGUCUCCCCCGCUCCACUGUUUUGCCACCACACAAGUACAAAGCACAUCGGCGAUGCAGUUUUGACCCCACUGAUAGUUUGGGGUUACCAUCGCACUGUCUCUCAGGGUGGUCACACACAGCUCAGAGCACCGUGCCACCUCCCAGCAGCCUCGAUAUGCGAAGCAGUCUAAACACAAAGAGCUCAGCACAGGUGACGUACAAGGAACUAGAGGAUGCGUCCACGCCGCAAAUGUCUGCUGACCAGAUAGCAAAUGUGUCAAAGCUGCCGCGGCACAACUUUCGACACUUCUCCCCAAAAAGAAAAAAAAUAGGAAACACGUCUUACCAAGUGUGCUGACAAACCACAUCUAUUUUUAAAAUAACCAAUUUUCACACCCCCAAGAUAAGUUUUUAUAGAAGUGUAUAACAGAUAUAUCAAGAUCAUUGCUCAAUUGAAUAUGUAUUUUCAAACUUGCCUUGGUCUCAUGAGAUAAUGCAGCUUACAUGACAUGAGGUUUAGUUUUAGUUCUUCAUUUUCCCUGAACAGAUUCACUUCAGCAUGUGACUACCAGAAACAAGAGGGCAUGACAUUAUGCCAUAGAAAAAGACAUCACAUAUACAAUUAUUUAGCAAAGGGCAAGUUUAAGCUGCCUUUGCAAAUGUUACGACACGAAGGAACUAAUGUUUGGAUUAUCUCUGUUGCUUAGAGAUACCGAUUAGCAUUUCCCUGUCUAGCUGUAGGCCUUGGCUACCAGGUUCAUACACACUUCUGUUUUUAACUUCCCCAAUGUGAUACCAUCAACACAAUAGAGACAAAGGCUGCAUGUAUUAUACAGAUGUUGCAUUUCACAGGAAACCGCAAUUGACACAUUGUUGACAUCCCACCUAUGACACAUCUGUUUCCACUUUUUGUCUUGUAUACAAGACAAAUAUAUAUAUUUAUUUGGGGGGACUAAGAAAAUACAAACUGUCCUGGGAUAGGUUCAGUGUUCUUAAUCAUUUGUAAUAUCAACAGCAAUGUGAUUACAAUUGUUUGAGUUGUUUGCAAUAAAUAUGACGAUGGUGACACCA